CUUUUACAGUCAGCAGCAGCCCACACGGUACGAGCCUCCAGCGCGCGCCUCCGCUCCACGCUGCGUAAAACCAACAGCUCAGCGAGGAUGGCUGGACGCGCGGAUGUGGAGAGGUGUUUAACCUGAGGCGCACAGCGAGACCACUUCCAGUGAUUGUUUGAAUCUUAGCAGUGAUUUCGUGGAACGGAUUAUCGAUGAUCUGUGAAAAAGAAGUGGAGUAAAGAGAUUUCCGAAGAGAGGAAAGAAAGGGAAGCUCCCAUCGAGUUGCUGACAAAGGCUGGGUGUGCCACGGAAAGUCACGGACCAUGCUUAUGGGAAGUCCCGAUUCCGUCUCCAUAAGAGUGUCUCUUCCUGAUGCUCUAUCAUGACUGAUGGCGAGGGGAGAGCGUGCUUCCAGUACGCAGAGCGCCAAGAGGGGCAAGAACAAGAGGACGUGAGACCUCCAAUAUCAACUCCGCACCGGAGUGACACUCCAGGACAUGAAAGUGACGCCAGAGGAGGCCAUCAUGGGGUGGAGGUGCAAGAAGAAGAGGACGGAGCAGGAGAAAGUGAAUAUAUUCCGGACAUUCAGGAACACAGUGAUGAGGAACCAGAGUUCCAAGUGGGACCAACGCUGGGAGUUCGCAUCACAGCGCCCAUUCGUGACCCAGACUGUAUUUCUGAAGAGGAGAACCAACAGCUGUACCCGGCUCUGGCCCCCGUGGUCUUCUUCUGCCUAACACAAACCACACGACCUCGCAACUGGUGUCUUCGCAUCGUAUGUAACCCGUGGUUUGAGCAUGUGUCCGUGCUGGUGAUCCUGCUCAACUGUGUGACUCUGGGCAUGUUUCAGCCCUGUGAAGAUGUGACAUGCCAGUCCGAGUGGUGCCGCAUCCUACAGGUAUUGGAUGACUGUAUCUUUGCAUUCUUUGCAAUAGAAUUGGUCAUCAAAAUGGUGGCCUUGGGAAUUUUUGGCUCUAAUUCUUAUCUUGGCGACAAGUGGAACCAGCUGGACUUUGUCAUCGUCAUGGCUGGGGUGAUGGAGUAUUCUCUGGACGGCCAUAACGCCAGUCUGUCAGCCAUUCGUACAGUCCGAGUACUCCGACCACUGCGGGCCAUCAACAGAGUACCAAGUAUGCGCAUCUUGGUGACACUGCUACUGGACACCCUGCCCAUGCUGGGAAAUGUCCUUCUCUUAUGUUUCUUCGUCUUCUUUAUCUUUGGCAUUGUUGGAGUCCAGCUGUGGGCGGGGCUACUGCGCAAUCGUUGCUUCCUUGGAGAGGACAUUCGCACAAUAUACAACAUGUCCAUCAGUCCUUACUACAUGACAGAGGACGGAGAAGACAGUCCAUUUAUCUGUUCGGCUCCUCGUGAGAACGGGAUGCUACGUUGCCAUGAUGUGCCACCCUAUAGCAACGGCAAAGCCGAGUGCUUAUUGGUUGCUCCCCACCAAAGUUUGGGUCCAGUUGGUGCCAGUGUUAACGGCUGUGUCAACUGGAACCAGUAUUACAACGUUUGUCGCCCCGGAGAGCGUAACCCCCACAAGGGAGCUGUCAACUUUGACAACAUUGGUUACGCCUGGAUAGCUAUAUUCCAGGUCAUAACACUGGAGGGAUGGGUUGACAUCAUGUACUAUGUCAUGGAUGCACACUCCUUCUACAAUUUUAUAUAUUUUAUAUUGCUCAUUAUCGUGGGAUCUUUCUUCAUGAUCAACUUAUGCCUGGUGGUCAUUGCCACCCAGUUCUCAGAGACCAAGCAAAGAGAAAAUGCCCUCAUGAGGGAGCAGCGAGCUCGCUACAUGUCCAACGACUCCACGCUUGCCAGUUACAGCGAGCCGGGCUCAUGUUAUGAGGAGAUGUUGCGCUACAUCAGUCACCUCUAUCGCAAGUUAAGACGCAGACUACAAAGGAUAUACUUUGGAUGGCACAGUAAACGUCGCAAAAAAGUAAAUCCCAAUGGAAAUGGUGGAGGCACUAAUGGCGGUGGUAUUGGACAUGGUCAUGGUUCCAGCCAUGGGUGUGGUGGCUCCGGCCUAAGAAAUGCAAUGUGGCUAAGACCGAUCCACAGUCUUCUGCAGCACCAUCAGCACCAGCACUGCUGCCUCAGCAACGGAGGGCAGCACACCAUCAACAUGACAGUCGACGAACAAAAGGACAGAGAAGGAGGUGUCAGUGACCAGGUGGAGAUGGAGGUGGCAUCACUUUCUGUCCAAAGAGGAAGUACAUCUGUACAUAAGAGGGGUGUUGGUGAAUCCCGUAUCAUCACUCAGGGCAUGGGGGUUCUGCUCGGGCGACUGAAUGGAGGGAUGAACUAUCCGACAUUUCUGCCAUCAUUUGUGAGCAGCUACAGCAGCAAAACUCCGCCCCCACAUUCGCAACAGUGCGACCUAAACCUGGAAGAGCAUCACACAAACAACCAAACCCCUGAGCACACAGAGAGUCUCAACAAACUUUACCAGCUCAUGGGACAACACAGUCGUCAGAGGCUGCUGUACCAGCUGGCAGGCGUAGUGCCCAGCCCUCUGCUGUUAGAACUGCUCAGCUGCCCUCUGUGUGCCCGCAGCCUGGAGACAUUGGAGCUGGAACUGGAAGACUUGGAGGUGAGCAGGGGAGAGUCUGAUGAACAACAUGACUUCCCCCAGGGAGGAGAUCUGAGAGGUGGGUGGAGUCGAAAUCGACAGCAGGGGGCUAUAGCAUACAAGAGGAGAGUGUUUCUGGCCUGGAUCAACUUCAGGGAAAAGCUCAAGAGGAUUGUAGAAAGUAAAUACUUCAGCCGAGGCAUCAUGAUUGCUAUUCUCGUCAACACCCUCAGCAUGGGCAUUGAGUACCACGAACAGCCAGAGGAGCUGACAGAUAUUUUAGAGAUCAGUAACAUCGUCUUCACCAGUAUGUUUGUUCUGGAGAUGUGCUUCAAGCUGCUGGCCUUUGGCGUGUUUGGAUACAUCAAGAACCCGUACAACAUCUUUGACGGGAUCAUUGUUAUUAUCAGUGUGUGGGAGAUAAUUGGCCAGGCUGAUGGCGGCUUAUCCGUUCUGAGAACUUUUCGUCUGCUGCGGGUUCUAAAGCUGGUUCGAUUCCUACCCGCUCUGAGGAGACAGCUGGUGGUGCUGAUGAAAACAAUGGACAAUGUGGCUACAUUCUGCAUGCUGCUGAUGCUCUUCAUCUUCACGUUCAGUAUACUGGGCAUGCACCUGUUUGGUUGUAAAUUCAGCCUCCAGAUGGAGAAUGGAGACACCAUACCUGACCGCAAAAACUUUGACACGCUGCUCUGGGCCAUUGUAACUGUUUUCCAGAUUCUGACCCAGGAGGACUGGAAUGUCGUGUUAUAUAGCGGCAUGGCCUCCACCUCACCGUGGGCUGCUCUCUACUUCGUAGCUCUUAUGACAUUUGGAAACUAUGUGCUCUUCAACUUAUUGGUGGCCAUCUUGGUUGAGGGUUUUCAAGCUGAGGGUGAUGCUAAUCGGUCGGAGUCGGAUGAUGAGAAGAAAUCAGACAACUUUGAGGAGGAUGAGAAGGGAAGCAGCUGCAGAGACACCGAGUUAAAAAUGUAUUCUCUGAUGAUGACAGCCAAUGGUCAUGUGGACCCUCGUAGCACCGCAGCUCCUCCCAUAAUUAUGCACACAGCUGCUACACCCAUGCCAACUCCCAAAGGCUCUCUAGGACCUGAUUCCAUUCUGGGGGAUGAGCUAAUUUACAAGGAGGGAGCUGGAAUCGAUCAUAUGGAGUCUCGCCGUGGAAGUUCAGUUUCCAUGGACCCUUCGGCCUAUGACCAACGCUCUCUGGGCCACUCCAGUCCCAGCCCACAUUCUCCCCUUCCUCCCCGUGGGUGUGGCAGCUCAUGGGGAAGCCGUCGCUCCAGUUGGAACAGUUUGGGAAGAGCCCCGAGCCUGAAAAGGCGAGACACGAGUGGAGAAAGGGAGAGUCUUUUGUCAGGGGAGGGGGGUGAGGAGGAGGAUAGCGAGGUGCACAAGGGUGAGGCACUCGGAGUUGUGGGAAACAGCAGACUGCGACCGGAGUCCUUGGAGCUACCGCAGCCUUCAACUGUCUGUCCUUCCACAAUAACAGAAUACAGUGACUGCAACGGGAGGACUCUGACCUGUGACCCUAACAUAAACUCUAACCCCAAAGACGACUCAUCUCCUGAUGAUGAUGAUGAAAUAGAUGAUGAUAGUCCUUUUUGCUACUGGCUGAAAAGAGAGAUCAAUAAGAUGAAGCCUCAUUGGUGCAAAGAGCAUGAAGACUACACGCUCUACCUGUUCUCUCCUCAGAGCGCGUUCCGUGUGUGGUGUCAGGGCAUUAUCUCACACAAGAUGUUUGAUCAUGUAGUUCUGGUCUUCAUCUUUCUUAACUGUAUCACCAUUGCUCUGGAACGGCCUGAUAUACAUCCCAACAGCACGGAGCGAGUUUUUCUAAGUGUGUCCAACUAUGUAUUCACUGUGAUAUUCCUGGCAGAGAUGACCAUUAAGGUUGUAGCUCUUGGUUUCUGCUUUGGGAAGCAGAGCUACCUCCAAUCCAGCUGGAACAUUCUGGAUGGUGUGCUGGUGUUUGUGUCCCUGAUCGAUAUUCUUGUUUCUUUGGCCUACACUGGUGGAAACAAGAUCUUUGGUAUUCUCAGAGUCCUACGGCUGCUACGCACACUGCGCCCUCUGAGGGUGAUCAGUCGAGCACCGGGUUUGAAACUGGUUGUGGAGACUCUCAUCACCUCUCUCAGACCGAUUGGGAACAUUGUCCUCAUUUGCUGCGCCUUCUUCAUUAUCUUUGGUAUCUUGGGGGUGCAGUUGUUCAAAGGGAAGUUUUAUCACUGUGAAGGGCUUGAUACCAAAAACAUCACCAACAAGUCUGACUGUCUGCACGGCAAUUACCGCUGGAUACAAAGAAAAUACAACUUUGACAACCUGAUUCAGGCUCUGAUGUCGCUGUUUGUUCUGUCCUGUAAGGACGGCUGGGUAAACAUCAUGUAUGAUGGGCUGGAUGCGGUGGGAGUUGACCAGCAGCCUGUGAGGAAUCACAACCCCUGGAUGCUGCUCUACUUCAUCUCCUUCCUGCUCAUCGUCAGCUUCUUUGUCCUCAACAUGUUCGUCGGCGUGGUGGUGGAGAACUUCCACAAGUGUCGGCAGGACCAGGAAGAGGAGGAGUUACGCAUGCGGGAAGAGAAGAGGCUGAAAAUGAUAGACAAAAAGCGCAGGAGUAAGGAGAAUGGAGGGGCUGAGGCCAAGCAGAGACCGUACUAUGCGGACUACUCCCCUUUACGUCUGUCCAUCCACACACUGUGUACCAGCCACUACCUGGACAUCUUCAUCACCUUCAUCAUUUGCGUCAAUGUCUUCACCAUGAGCAUCGAGCACUACAACCAGCCAUUGUAUCUAGAAGAGGUUCUGAAGUACUGUAACUACGUGUUCACAUGCAUCUUUGUCAUUGAGGCCCUGCUGAAGCUUGUGGCAUUUGGCCUUCAAAGGUUCUUCAGAGACAGGUGGAAUCAAUUGGAUAUCACUAUAGUGGCAUUGUCCAUCAUGGGUAUCACGCUGGAGGAGCUGAAAAUGAAUGCAGCACUUCCCAUAAAUCCUACCAUCAUCAGGAUCAUGAGAGUGCUGAGGAUAGCACGAGUGCUGAAACUUUUAAAAAUGGCCACUGGAAUGAGAUCCCUGCUGGACACCGUGAUGCAAGCACUGCCACAGGUGGGAAACCUCGGCCUGCUCUUCAUGCUCCUUUUCUUCAUCUACGCGGCACUGGGAGUAGAACUGUUUGGCAAACUGGAAUGCAAUGACAACAAUCCAUGCGAAGGUCUGAGUCGUCAUGCAACCUUUGAAAAUUUUGGGAUGGCCUUCCUCACGUUGUUUCGAGUUUCCACUGGAGACAACUGGAACGGGAUAAUGAAAGACACCUUACGUGAGUGUCAUCAGGAGGACCGUCAGUGUCUCACCUACUUGCCAUGGGUCUCACCAAUUUAUUUUGUCACCUUUGUGCUGAUGACUCAGUUCGUACUGGUCAAUGUGGUGGUCGCCGUUUUAAUGAAACACCUGGAGGAAAGCAACAAGGAGGCCAAAGAGGAUGCAGAGAUGGAUGCAGAGAUCGCCAUGGAAAUGGCGAUGGAGAGAAACAGCAGAUUAAGCUCCACAUCCAGCAAUAGCUCAAUGAGAGGGACGUAUGUCGGACCAUGCCCACACUCACCUGGACAGGACAAUGAAGAGCUGCACAAUGACCAGGACGAGUCUCGGCUAAAGAUUUCCGUAUCGAGGGUGCACUCUCUGCCCAAUGACAGCUACAUGUUUCGACCUGUGCGGCCUGCCAGUGCCCCCUACCCUUUGCAGGAGGUGGAACUCAGCCCCCAGCAUCAGCAUUCAGGUUCAAGGACGUCAGUCCGUUCCCAGCCGUGUGAGGUUCGCACUCUGCUGCAGGUACCAGAUGUUUCCUCCACCCACCCUCAGUCUUCGUCCUCCCUCCCACUGCCUCGAAUUGCUCCACCCACGCCAAGCCCCUCCCCACGGGCACUGCACAGACAGGUUGCUAUUAAAGUGGACUCUGUGGAGAACCAGGGUUGUGAACAAAAAGAGAAGCCAGUCCCACUCCACCUGCCUCCUCCAGCCCUUCCUCCUCUCUCUCCUCAUUCCUCCUCCUCCUCAUCCCUGCCUCCCCUUCCCCUCUCGUCGCCCUCCACCCUCUCUCUCUCACCCAGCUCCCCAUCUCCAGUCGCUGUUCCUCCUUUCACUCCCUCUCCUCUGCUUUCUAUUGUGACAUCACCGUCCUCUUUCCUUCCUCCCCCAUCAUCCCCAUCACUACUGCUCCCUCCACCUCCCUCCCCCCGUCUCGCCCUACGCCACCCGAGCCUUCGCAGACACAGACCCCCGUCUCCUGCCUCCCUGCGUGACCCAGCAGAUGAAGAGGUGUACCACAUCACUAGCUCAGCCCGCCACAGGUGGAGAGAGCAGGAGAGGGGAGGGCAGGAGAGUAGAGAGAAGUGCGGCCGCAGCCACUCCCUCUCCCCUUAUGCUCCUUCUUACCCCUGCGAUGCCUCUUCCUCUCCUCCGUCUCCCCUGCUCCCACCUUCUUCCGUGAAGAGUGCCCUCACUCUGCUUGGGGUGGGACCAAAAGAUAAUGACUUCAAGAAGGGCCUUAGCUCCGACAGCCAAGGCUUCUUGAACAAGCCGCCGUCACUGUCUGCCAGUUACCCUGACGACCAGCGGCGCCACUCCAUUGAGGUCUGCCUUCCUCAGUCUGUCAUCUCUGCUGGAAACGUUCUUGCAGAACUGGACCAGUGGACACCAAAAAGUGGCCCAGUGAGGGUUCAGUCAGUCGGGGGUGGUCAUAGAAAAAAGAAGAUGAGCCCUCCUUGUAUAUCCAUCCACCCGCCCUUGGAGAGAGACCACGCACAGAUGGCUUCCCUGCCAAAGCUGCCCGCCUGCAGCAUGAUGCUGAGACACAGGACACCCUCUUAUGACACGCCCCCACAUGCGCAAUCAAAUACAAACACACAAGAUGCUGCGGUGGAUCCUCCUGGUGCACUUACAACCAUCCACCUUCCACUGCCGGCACACUCGCCAACUCACCCGCUCACACCCAAGCGGGCAUCAACAUCCACACACAUGCCACCACAUGCAUCCACACAAGAGCACAUCCCGAUCAGCCCCAACAUCUUUAUCCAGCCUGUCGCACCCAUCGUCCCCAUCACUGCAGCGUUCCCACAGACACAUGCAAGGCAUUCCUCCAUCACUACGAACUACACGCUGCCCCAGUUCACCUUUGAUGAACCACAAUCCACGUACACGAGUGGCCUGUCAGCAGACACAGAUGCAGCCACGUGCACGUCCCCUUUUGACAGUAGAGCAGGAUUCAGUGCUAAGAACAGAAGGACUGCCCAGUGAAGCUCGAGCUUCAGGAAGUGGAACGGUAAAAAUCCUGAUGUGGAUCAGCCUCAGCAGGAACUGGUGCUGGGGAACAAAUAAGACACCCACAACACCAGUGGGUUAAGAGGAAGGAAAUUGGUAUUUUUGAUCAAUACCUAGACUUUGAUGCUUGUUCCAAGAUGGAAGAACACAAGAGUCCCAGAUCCCGUUUUCUAGACAUACUUCGGACAACAGAUCCAGUGAAGCAGUACCCACUGCACGGGGUGGGACGAGUAACACACUGGGACUAAAGCCACCUAACUCCGUAGCCAAAGUAUUUUUGACACACUGCCCCCAAUCACGCGAGCCAAUCAGGAAGCAGCGUCUGGCUGAUGACCUCUGACUCUUGCAGGAAGCAGAAUUUUAGCGUGUGGGGGAAUUGUGGGAUAUGCAAUUUCAGGUUUUCUACAGAUGCUCUGCUCGCCCCUCCUCUGUUCCUCGAUCACAUUGAUCAGAGCAGAAUCGUGAGUGUGUACAUGUGCGUUUUGUGUGUGUGUGUUGUCAGAUCUUCAUCUUCAUGGAAGUCAUUUAAUGUUACGCCUGUAAAGAUCGAGGGGGAGGUGGGCAGGGCCGCGCUCUGUGUUUAUCUGUGUAUCUGUGUAGUGUACAUUGAGGAAAUACUGUAUUUGGUGAGAUUAAAAUAGCUCUAUCCAUAUGCACAUAUUUUUAUAGAAACCUAAAAUGUUUUUUGCACACAUUUAAAUUUAAAGUUGCUUGUUUUUCCUCUGUUGUCUUCUCGUGAAUGUACGUUCCCUUUCAGAACAGAGCAGCGAGGAGUCGCCUCCUCUCUGAAGGUGAUCUGACAAAGAGGAUGGGAUUUUAUUUUUGUACUUUGAAAAAGAGGAUGUAACAGGAGUGGGUUGUGUUUCUGUAGCUUUGUCUCAGAUUUCUCUGUGUGUGUUGUCUUGAUAACAGUCUGAGGAAGACAGCUCAGUGAUGCAGUUCAUUUUACUAUUCCACUGUGAUGGGGCAGCCUGUAAAUUCUUACAAUUUGUUCAUCAUCGA